AUGGCCGUCGGCUCUCAAGCUGUACGCAAAUACCGUACAUUUCAAGCACACGAAUCCGCAAUCUUGAUCCGCAACUUCCUUCUUGAAUCGCAUGACUUCGAGCUCUCCAUCGAGCGCUACUCCGUAUCCAUCACCUCGAUUGUUGGCUGGGGUCGUCGCAUCGAUCGCAAGAACGACUACGGUGCACAACAAGCUCUCAAGUUGAUGGAAGCCGUCAACUAUAUCGUCCCUGGUAUCUAUCUCAUGGAAGCCGUUCCGUUCUUGAUGCACUUGCCUGCUUGGCUCUACGCGUUGCCGAGCCAGAUGCGACUGGGUUCUGGUAUACUGUCGCGUUACUUUUACUUGCUUACGCAAGAAGGCGCCGAAGCGAAGGAAGAUAACUUUGGGAAGCAGGUUUUGGCGUCUCAGCAAGCCAGCCACAUGACGGAUCUCGAGGUGGCGAGCUUAAUGGGCAAUCUGAUAGGUGGUGGGGUAGACACGACUAGCAGUACAAUGCUCUCGUGCAUCCUGGCCAUGGCGCGCUUCCCGGAAGUACAAGCGAAAGCACAUGCUGAGUUUGAUGCAGUCGUCGGUCAUAGUCGCUCUCCGAACUGGGAUGACAUUGAUUCAAACGCGCUUCCAUACUUGACUGCGAUAAUCAAAGAAACCCUCCGAUGGAGAACCGUAACGAUACUCGCCGGCAUCCCCCACGCCAACACCGUCGAUUUCGAUUACAAAAGCUACCACUUCCCCGCCGGUACCAACUUCACCGGCAACAUGUGGGCAAUACACCGACAUCCGCGCGACUUUCCCGGUCCGGACCGUUUCAUACCUGAGAGGUUCCUCGAAGGCGAAGGCAGUGCGAAGCAACCGUAUCCGAACAAGUACGGCAUGAACCCCUUCGGAUGGGGCCGCAGGCAAUGUAGCGGCCAGCCGCUUGCCGAGCAAGGUCUGCUCUACUCUCUUGCGCGCAUGAUCUGGGCGUUUGAUGUUCUGCCGGGUGUGGAUGAGAAUCGGAAUGAGGUCGAUUUGGACAUCUUCGCAUACACUGACAGCGAGAACAUGCGACCAGAGCCUUUCCGUGUGCGAUUUAUUCCUCGCUCGGACGCGAUCAGAAAACUGCUCUUGGACGAGGCUGCAGAAGCGCGUGAGGCGUUGAGACCCUACGAUGGAGAAACUAUAGUGACGAUGGAGGAUGCUGUGAAUGACCCAGCGAAGAAUUGA